UUUAAAAAGAUGUAGAAUCAAUGCUGCGUCUUUGAAUGUUUGCUUGGAAACAAACCGGAGCAUUUUAGCGUGUUGUUGAGACGAUGUUACUACUGUCGAACUGUGUAGUCUCCCAUUUACAGCGACGCAAUGAACACCAAUCCAGUAUUAUUAGGUGAACCAUAGCACUGAUUUUUCCUGAUGAAAUCUAAAUCAAAGGCCCCAUUGGCAACACUGCCAUGGAUAGAGAUCCUUGUGUACUGGCUGCUUUCCUUUGGCUCACAUCUGUACUCCUUCUACCACCUGCACAGGUUCUCUAAAAAACAUGAAAAAGUUUUAGAGAGAGAAUACCAAUUGGAAGAAGGCCUUCUUAAGGGUUUUAAAAGGGACCCAUCAGACUUUGAGUGGAACUUCUGGACUGAAUGGGGCAGGAAGUCUUUAUUGUGGUCCCUGGCUGGUCAUGGCAUCAUAUCCAGAUUCACUACUGUCUUUUACCCUAAGUUCAGGGUGCCAGCACUUACGAUAUAUGGCUUCUUAGCAGCCAGCAGUGUGCUGGGGGCUAAAGGUGUGAGUGUGUUGCUGGUGCACAUGGCUCUGUCCUUCUCAGCAGCUCAGCUGCGAAAGCCCGCACUGUCGUGGGCAUGUAACCUGCUGCUGCUCUCCACACUUCACUUCCAACCACUUCAAGAGAUCCAGAGACGCUGGUAUAACUCUGAAGAGGAAUACUAUCUGCUGCUCUUCAGCAUCGCCGUCUGUGGUCUGCGCUUCAUCAGCUUCAGCCUGGAGCAUUGCUGGUGCCCUGCAGGCCGUGGUGGAGUCACACAGCUCUGUUGGUUGUUAUCAUACACAUUCUAUCAUCCUUUUUUCUACAAUGGACCCAUCAUCACAUACAAAGACUACACGGAGCAGAUGCAGAGGCAUGAGGAGAGUGACAGACGGGAGUCUGCUUUUCGUUACUUGGUGUUCAGAUCAGGACGGAUCAUUCUGUGGUGGUGCAUUGCAGAAUACAUGAUCCAUGUAAUGUACAUGCACACUAUCCAGUCUAAUGAGACCUACUUAGAAAUUCUCCCUCCUUGGGCCUUGGGUGGUCUGGCUCUGGCCCUCGUCCAGUUCUUCUAUGUGAAGUAUCUGGUGCUAUUUGGCUUUCCCUCCAUGUUGGCUACGUUGGAUAAUCUAGCUCCUCCAAAGCUUCCUUCUUGUGUCAGCAUCAUGCACAGUUUCACUGGAAUGUGGAGGCACUUUGACGAGGGACUGUAUCGAUGGCUCAUCAGAUACAUCUACGUGCCACUCGGAGGUUCACAACACGGCGCUCCUUUCAAAAUACUAUCAACUGGCCUCGCAUUUGGAUUUGUCUGCUUCUGGCACGGUGGGAGCGACUACUUACAGUACUGGGCCGUGAUGAACUGGGCUGGAGUUCUGGUGGAACAUGGACUCGUGUCUCUGUUUGCUUCACCCUCUAUUCAGUCAACUGUUGAGCAACAUUUCUCUGCGGCGAUGAAAAGGCGCGCCAUUGCCUUCCUGUGUGCCUUCUCCACCGCCAUGCUCAUCCUCUCUAACCUGGUCUUCCUUGGGGGAACUCAUGUGGGCAGAAUCUUUUGGAAGCGCGUCUUCAUUCAAGGCUGGUCCACCGUGGCUCCACCUAUGCUGGCUUUCCUCUACUGCUUCGCUCAGAUUGGACUGGAGUGGACUUCUCCCCCACCAUGAUUCACCUUGACUUUGCACUCGAGUGAGAAUCCGCGCAACCGGACAAACCAAAAACGCCCCGCUGAGCGUGGAGUGUCAUCAUUGCCACCCCGUGCCUCUGUGACGGCUCUGGCUCGUAGCCACAGAACCCGUGCAGACCUGGCUGAAGAGCAGCUCAGCGGCUGCUUUCUUCAACCUGCAGGACCAACUGAAAUCCGUCUGAAUGCUAAGACUUUAGGGAUUAGAGCUGAUUCUUUGCUGUAUGUCAGAAUCGUGUUUGCAGCUUUUGUCUUUGCUGCGUUGGUGUGUUUUCUAUCCAAUAAGCUGCACUGGAACACUGUCAUUCCAAGAAACUAUAAAGGACAAAAUGGACUCUGAGUCUGUCUUUGUUUUUAUGACUCUGAUAAGGUUUUGCUCAGUGGCGCAGUGAGGUGGAUAAAUGCUGAGUGUACAUUUGCUAUUCUCCUUUAGCUCACUACAGACACAGAAGUGUCUUCCCAGGUUGACAAUAGACACAGAAAAGUGUACAGUGCAGCAUGAACACGAUCACCGGCAAUAUCCUUUCUGAUAUUAACCAGAUUAAGACUACAGUCUGAAUAAGACACUGGAGGAAGACAGAUUAAUCAGUCAGGCCUUUGCAAUUAUCAUUACUUAAUUGUCUGAUAAUUAUGACAAAUGCUCCUAAAUCACUUAAGUUUUUCCAUCCAAACGUUGAUUAUGUGCUUCAUGUUUAGCUAAUACAUCAUUUUUCUUGCAGACAAAAAAUGCAGAUUGGAGAGACAGACCAUUAAUGUUGUUGCUUUCUAAAAUAUUUGAUUUAAAUUAUGCAGUUUUGUGUAUCAUUUGUCAUUGUUAAACUGUUUUAUUUUAUCAGCUGGAGGGAAAAACAUAAAAGCGGCACCAUGGAUCAAUAUCAGCAUUGGCCAUAUGUAAACAGCAUUUACAUUUACAAAGAAAAAGACACCAGUGAGCUGCACUUAAAGCAAGCAGCAAGCAGAAUGUACCAUUACUAUGCAGAUGGCAAUAAAUAAUCUGUUGUAUAACCUAGAUGUUUUGUACAGUAUUGUUAGAAUAAAUAGGAAGCUGCUUUAAAUAGCUUUUGUGUUUUUCACACCUAAGUAAAAUUGAUGUUCCAGGAACUGUUUAUUCCAGACUUGGCUGUGGCAUCUCCAAAGAUUACCUCAUACAUGAGUGAGUUUGAAUCCCUCAUUGACGUACAGUAAACCUCUCAUGUGGCAUCUGUUUAUUCAUCCUGCGGCAAUAAUUGAUUGUUCCCACAGUUUAUAUGUAUGUUGACUUUUUUUAAAUCAGUAAUAAAUCACACCUGCACACUC